AUGAAAAAGCAAUUACCGAAAAGUACUUCUCAAACUGCCAUUCCAAAACCAGAGAAAUCUCAAACUAUUAAAACUCCAGAAAGACAUGGUAUUCCCAGAAAUGUUAACUACUAUAGCCAUUUUUUAGGUGAACCCUAUAUCACUGAAAAAGAUAUUGAAUUUGUGCUCUAAUUAAGAAAUAUUGAUCAUGUAGAUUCUCUAUCUUUACUUUAGGCAGAAAUGACAGCUAAAUUAGCAAGAAUUCCAAAUCAAACUUUCUCAAGAGGUGAUUAAAAGAUAGCAUCUUAAAAGGAUAAACAUCUUUCAAGAGAUGUGAAGUAUAAUGGUAAUUCUACUCCUGUCCUUCAUCUUCUUAAAGGUAGAAUUGGUCCCACUCCUCAUCUCAGUUAAGCAGAAUUUGAAACUGGUUUACGAUCUUAUGCUAAAACUGAUUAAAGUCUUCUUGAAAAAGAACGUAAUUGGACUACCGUCCCAAAAACGUAACGUAAAGAUGUUUUCCCAGAAUUCCUGCCAAAUUAUAAGGAAGAGAUAUAGAAAAAGAAAUCAAUGAGCAUAAGUGGAGGAAAACUUGCCAAACUCACAUAUAAUGGUAAUCAUUUAAUUUCAUUAUGUAAGCUUUUGAUUCUGAUUCAAAUUAUCCUCCUUAUUAAAUGAAGUUUCAUGAAAAAAACCUACAAAAUGUUAAACAUAUGUUUAUACCUGCAAUAAAGAUGUCAACUGUAUAAUGGUAAGAUGGACUAAGGCCUCUAGACACCUUAAAAAAAGAAUCAAAAACAAAAAAAUGA